UAAAAUUUUAAAUAAACUAGUUGUCAAAACGUCAAAAAAUGGAGUUCAUGUAUGCGGACCGACCACUUCAUAUUCUUACCUCAACACACAUGCUAUAAAGAAGGAAUAUAGAAUCCCGUUUAUAUCUCUCAUCUUCUCUUCUCCUUACCCUGUUUUAUAUUUCUUGUUUUUUUCCUCUCUUCUCCUUCUUUGGUUGUCCAUUAUUCACAGAGUUUAGAGAGAGAGAAUCAUUUUUUUCCUCUUCUUUUAUCUCUCUCUAUUUCUCUCAAUCUUUGUCUUUUUUUUUUUUGUUUUGUUUAUAUUUUGCAUAUAAUUAAUGAACAUGGACAAGGGAUCAAUGCAAUCAAAUCUUGAUUGUUUCCUUAACUACACAACCCCAUUUGUCCAAUCUCAGUGUUUAGCCAAGAGUGAGAUUAAAAAUUUGAAUAAGCUAUGGCAUCCAUGGGAAAGGGAGAAGGUGGAAUAUUUCAAGUUGGCUGAUCUUUGGAAUUGUUAUGAUGAAUGGAGUGCUUAUGGGGCUGGAAUACCAAUUAGAUUGGAUACAGGAGAAACUUUGGUCCAAUAUUAUGUUCCUUAUCUUUCAGCUAUUCAAAUCUUUACCAGCACUUCACCUGCAAAUAUUUUAAGGGAGGAGGCCGAAUCUGUUUGCGAGACGAGGGAUUCUUUCAGCGAUUCUUUAAGUGAUGAGAGUGAGAGCGAAAAACUAUCGAGGUGGGAUGGAUGUUCCUCUGAGGAAGGUGUAGUUGAACAAGAUAGCUUAAGCAGAACGAACGAUAGAUUGGGAUACCUUUAUUUUCAGUAUUUCGAGAGAUGUACUCCAUAUGGAAGAGUUCCUCUGAUGGAUAAGAUUAAUAGCUUGGCUGAAAGGUACCCUGGAUUAAUGUCAUUGAGAAGUGUCGAUCUUUCGCCUGCUAGUUGGAUGGCAGUUGCUUGGUACCCGAUAUAUCACAUUCCCAUGGGAAGAACCAUUAAGGACUUGUCGACGUGCUUUCUCACUUUCCACACCCUUUCUUCUUCUUUUCAAGAUAUGGACCUUGGAGAUGACAUGGAGAAUGGUAGUAGGAAAAGAAAGGAAGGAGAAAGCAUUUCUCUCCCGCCUUUUGGUUUGGCCACUUACAAGAUGCAAGGUGACGUAUGGGUUUCUGAUAGGAGCGGAAAGGACCAAGAGAGGCUCAUGUCACUUUUUAGUGUGGCCGAUUCUUGGCUAAAGCAAUUGGGUGUCCAGCAUCAUGACUUUAACUACAUGAGUAUUCGUCGUGGUUGAUAAAAAAAAAAAACUUGACAACGAUGAAAUCAUCUUUGCACACUAACAAUGGAAUUGGCCUUUGAACUGAGAAUCGUCGAUGCAUCUUUGUAAAGGCAUUUGGCUUUUUACGCAGUCUCCUCUCCUUUUCAUAAAGCUGAGGAUCGCAGUAAUUCAGUCUUUUAAGCUUGUGACUUAUGUGACUACUUUUUGUAUAGGAACGAGCCUAGCUUUUAAGCGAUAAAACUUGAGAUGAAGCGAGAGACGAGCUGUUGUGGCUCUUUGUAACUGUUGAGUAAUUGGGUACAUGAUCAUUAGAAUGUUAAUGAAGCCCUUUAUCUUGAA